UAUUUUGGGCAUGAUUGAGAAAAGUGACGUUUUUUCUUGCAUAUGAAUUUCCGCGAGUGUUUUGACGCAGAUACACUUUUAAAUGUGGGCAUUGUCGCGUUUUUGUUUUUGACUGGCGUCCCGUCCAUGCAGGAUGUACCCCAGCUGUCUUACAGACCCCAGCCAGAAUAGCUAUGGUGUGGCAGUUCCCUAAACAACUUGCGCGGAGAUGUCUGUAGAUGCCUUGUACUGGAAAUUAGCCCAUCCUGGCGGCAAGGACAUGCAAAGGGAAGAGCUGGACACAGCCCCACAGAAAGACAGUACAUCUGCCAGAAUCCUUAAAGUCUGCUUGGUCAGCAACAGCUCCAACCUGGGCAAGACCUUCAAACUGGUCAAAUGCGACAGAACAUGGGAGAUCAAGGCUGUCAUCCAGUCUAUCCUGGCCAGUGGGCGGCUGGGCCCCGGCAUCCUCUUCCCGGACUGCUACGGGCUGCUGCUGAGGCACCUGAAGUCUGACACGGUGCACUGGCUGCACCCCGACAUGACCGUGGCUGACGUAGAGCAGAUGCAUGAGGAGCAAAACCUGGAGUCGGAGUGGAGAUUUGAUUUGAGGAUCCGUUACAUUCCAAGUAAUUUCUCGGCAAAAUUUCGAGAAGACAGAACAACGCUGUUGUACUUCUAUCAACAGGUUCGUGGUGACUACAUGCAGAGUUGCACUGGUAAAGUCAACGAGAACUUGGCUUUUCGAUUAGGUUGUCUGGAAAUCAGGAGGUUUUAUAAAGAUAUGAAUGCCAGUGGCCUGGAGAAAAAGUCAAAUUUUGAUUUUUUUGAAAAAGAGGUUGGCCUUCACCUGUUUUUUCCUCGAGAGCUUAUUAACUCUAUGAAGCCGAAGCAACUCCGGAAGACAAUUCAGCAAACAUUCCAGCAGUACGCCACGCUGAAGGAGGAGGAUUGCAUCCUGAAAUUUUUUGAGAUCUUGAGCAGCUUCUCUAAUUUUGAUGAGGAAGUGUAUCCCUGUGAGCUUAUGCAAGGUUGGAGUCUUGCAGUGGAGUUGGUCAUUAGUGCUAAAGGAAUCCGUCAACGUACCCAGAAAAACUCAUUGCCGGUUUGCUUGGCUGAAUUCCAUCAGAUUACUAGUAUUAAAUGUUCCCCACAAGCUGAUGGAAAAGCACACUUGCACGUCGAGAUCAGCGGAGCCAAGCAGCUGCUGUCGAUCAACACAGUGACGAUGGCGAUGGCUGAGAACAUGGCCGACUUAAUCGACGGAUACUGUCGAAUCGAGUGUGGUCGGAAAAGCACUGUCAUCGUAAGGCAGAAUAAGGGUAAGGACAUAAGAGACAUGUUACCAGAGAUUCCAACAGAUUCCAGCAGUGACAUCAAAGGCGGAUCUAAAGAGCAUCAUUUGGAAGACAGCAUAGUUGUAGAGUCUGACAUAUAUGACGAAAUACCAGAUGAGAAACCAACAGUGAUCAAGUAUAAUAUCUCCAGAGAUGAUAUCGUCAUAGGCCGAAUUCUCGGUGAGGGGUUCUUCGGUGAGGUUCAUGAAGGAGUUUAUAAAAAACGGACUGGAGGUGAGAAGAUUAGCGUAGCGGUGAAGACCUGCAAGGACUGUUCCACGGACGUCAAGGAGAAAUUCAUGAGCGAAGCCGUGACAAUGAAGAACCUGGAUCAUCCCCACAUUGUAAAGCUAAUUGGGAUUAUUGAGGAGGCCCCCGUGUGGAUUGUAAUGGAAAUAUGCCGGCAUGGAGAGCUUGGAAAAUACCUGGUGCAAAACCAGCCCAAUCUUCCCAAUGUUACACUGGUGCUGUACGCAAUGCAGAUCUGCAAAGCUCUGGCCUAUCUGGAAGGUCUGCACAUGGUACACAGAGACAUUGCUGUGAGGAAUGUGCUCGUCGCUUCACCAGAGUGUGUCAAGCUUGGGGAUUUCGGGCUGUCCCGGUACAUUGAGGAAGAGUAUUACAAAGCCUCUUUGUCACGAUUGCCUAUUAAAUGGAUGGCUCCGGAAUCUAUAAACUUCAGACGGUUUAGCUCAGCAAGUGAUGUCUGGAUGUUUGCGGUGUGCAUGUGGGAGAUCAUGAGCCGUGGCCAACAGCCCUUCUUCUGGCUGGAAAACAAGGCGGUGAUCAACCAUCUGGAGCAGGGAGUCCGGCUGCCCAAGCCGGAGGAGUGUCCACCUACCCUGUACACGCUGAUGUGCCGCUGCUGGGCGUACGACCCUCAGGAGAGGCCAAAGUUCACCGAGCUGGUGUGCAUCCUCAGUGAUGCCCACAAGAUGGAGAAGGAGCAAGAGGCAGAGAGGCAGAGGGAUCGCAAUCGCAUCACCAAGUUUUUGGACACCAAGAUAAACAUCUGCGAACCUCCGCCCAAGCCUUCAAGGACGAAACUUGAAAACCUUGGAAAUAAAAGUCUCCUUUCUCAGGUCCCAGAGUCGCUGUGCUCCAGCUCCCCCACCCUCAGCAGCCCCGACAGUAACCAGUCAGCCUUCGAGUCCAGCUUCUUAACCGUACCUCCAACCUCUCCUCGUCGCCACAGUGUAGGGGAGGCCGACAUCAGCGUGGAGCAGCCCGGCAAAGAGAGGCUGCGGGAGAUGGAGAAGCAGCACAUGCAGGAGAUGCUGAAGAAGCAGAAGCAGCAGAUGGUGGAGGACAACAAGUGGCUGGAGGAGGAGGAGAAGCUUCUGGAUCCCAUAGUUCAAGGGGAUGUGAAAAUUCCUGUGACGCAAGAACAAGAGUCAGGCGAAAUUCUACAACCUGAAUCUAAAGACCUUCCAGAGAAACCAGCAGAGGUUCCAGUUCAGCAACCCCCCACUGCAGAACUGGAUCGCUCUGAUGAUCAGGUGUACUACUUCGUCACCGAGUUGGUGAAGGCCGUGGUGCAGCUGAAAAAUGAGGUCAAUGCUCUACCGCCAUCCCAGUAUGUGGAUGUGGUCAAGUCGGUAGGACUGAUGCUACGCAGCCUGAGUCACAGCGUCGAAGACAUUCUGCCCACGCUCCACGACUCCAUCAGGACAGAGAUCGAAGGCACGCAGAAGCUGCUGAACAAAGACAUGGCCGAACUCAUCACCAAGAUGCGUCUGGCCCAGCAGAACGCCAUCACCUCACUGAAGGAGGAGUGCAAGAGGCAGAUGUUGGCCGCCGCCCACACGCUAGCUGUGGACUCCAAGAACCUUCUGGAUGCUGUGGACCAGGCUCGCGUGCGGGCCAACCUAGCCAAGCCUGCCACCUCCUAGCACCCAUCUAAGCCUGCAACCUUCCUCAGAUCGACACACAAACUGCCUUGAUGGUUCUCUUACCUGGGGACUGGUGGCCUGAGCUCAGUGAGCUAGUCGAAACGUUUUUAAAUUUUUCUUUUUUUUACUUUACACAUUUUACUUCUGACAGACCUUUCGGUCCAUGGCGUUUGGGAAGUUGUAUUUUUCCUUGCGUAUUAUUAGAUAAGUUGUGAAAGUCUCACUGAACAGCUGCCUGUCUGUGGAUCUGCACUUCGCCGACAUUUUGCCUGUAUGACUUUGUCAUCUUAUAAAUGUGAAAAAGUUGACAAUCCACACUUCAUCUUAAAGAACUUUAGUUUUCCAAAUAGCUACAAAAAAUAACCUCAGUCUUUUUUAGGAAACCAAAAGCAAUAAUAUUUAUGCAACACCAAAUUGUUACCUUAUAUAAACUUAGUUAUUACUGCUUCUAUAAAAAAAAUGCAUGAACAGAUCAUUCAUUUGGCUGUUUCAUUACUACUGAACAGCUGAACUUUUAAAAAAAUCUAUUUUUAAAUUGCCUGUGACCUGUAUCUGUAGUAACAUGCAAUUGUUUCCUUGCAUUCUUUCUCAGGUGAAGAAUCAUUGUCAUAGUUACUAUAGCAAUAGCCUAGAAGCACUUGAACUGACAGCCCAUAGUCUUAGCCGCAAUGCUAACUGCGAGCUGAAUGAUAGAUAAACCAGGAUUAAAGUGCCUUGCUUGAUGUUCUUUAUGCCGGUUAACACUGGUAAUCAGAAACAAUAUAGUCUACGUAAUUACAGAGGGUAAAAAUUUGUAUCUUUGCUUGUCACUGGGGCUGAACCCUCAAGGUUUGCCAGUUGUACCCUUAGUUGUACGUAAUUAUAUUUUUUAAGGUACAGAAAUAGACUGAGGAACAUUUUUGUACCACUGAUAGUACAUUAAUGUUGUUUGUAACGCUGUUUUCAUAAGAACAUAAGAAAUUUACAAACGAGAGGAGGCCAUUCAGCCCAUAAAGCUCAUUUUGGGGAGAACUUAACUAAUAGUUCAGAGUUGUUAAAAUCUUAUCUAGCUCUGAUUUAAAGGAACCCAGGGUUUUAGCCUGCGUUACAGUAGUGGGAAGACUAUUCCAUACUCUAACUACAUGCUGUGUAAAGAAGUGCUUCCUCAAAUUUAUUUUAAAAUGUUCUCCCACUGAUUUCCACUUAUGGCCACGAGUUCUAGUAUUAAAACUAUUAUUGAAAUAGCCAUUUAGCUGAACAGCAUCCAGACUCAAAUCUUAUAUACCUGGAUCAUGUCUGGGCUCAUGUUCAUUAAAAGGUUCAACUACAAGGGUACGGCCCCAGUGACAAGCAAGUACAAAUUUUUACCUUUUUUUUCUGUGUAUACGAUCUGUGUACUACUAUAUGCUCCAUAUAACAGAUUCAUUUGAGUUGCUUCACACAUCCUGUGCAAAGAAACAAUGCAUUUUUUAACAAGAAUCCCCUGAAUUUACAUUUUAAUCACCAUCUGUAGAAGUUAAAAUAUUUUUAAAUACUACAACACCUACAUGUGAGAUUGUUUGUUGUGUAUUUAUAAUUAUGCAAUCACCUAAUGGGUCAACUAUCAUUUUAUUUAGAAAUGAAACCAUUUUUGAUGAAAAAAUAUUUUCGAUAUUCGAUAUGUGCAACACACAUAUUUGCUCUCUAGACACAUGUUCAUGUUAUAAUUAAAAGUCAAUAAACGAGAAAAUAUUCCUGCUGGCAUGAAAAUUGGCUUCACGUGGGAAUAUUUAUGAAAUUCACACAUGUGAACCAUCUUCAGUGUCUGAAGUACACUUUCUGUCUCACCUGACUGGUGAGAGACUGGCGUGUUUGCAUUACAGAAUUAGAUGGGAAGAUAUUCGGAGAUUAAAUCUUUAUUAACAUGA